GUCUCUGGGGACCAUCCGCAAGCACGGCAAGGACGUGGAGGUAAGGACGCACACCUUCAAGCAGAUGCCAGUCGGCCUGUCCCAGGACGGCUCGGCUGCGAACACGGCUCUAUUCAUGAAGGUGUGGGACGUGGUCCUCGAGUUCGAAGCCUACAAGCGGCACGCGUGGACCAUCAAGGUGGACCCCGACGCCGUGCUGCUUCCAGACCGUGCGCGGCAACAUGUGCUGAAGUAUGCUGGCCAGAAUGU